AUGUUCUUCCGACCGUCAUCAUCUUACGCGCAUAACGGAUCCGCCAGAAAAGAUAAAAGACUACUCCGUUCGACUAACAGCAGGAAUGGAAGGAACGACAAAUUGAAGAGCCUAUCGGAAGUUGUAGAAGACAUUUUGCAAGAUAUGGGAGAAGACAUGCUCGGUUACAGGCAAGACGAGCUUAAAGUAUGCUUGAUCAAGAUCUCAGUAACUCCACUCUCUACAAGAACCUUGGAGCGAACGAAGAGGAAAGUAGAGCGAACUUGGAGGAUUUGA